AUGAUUAAAUAACCUAAAUAGAGCGAUGAAAAAUAAAUAAUUUUAUCCAGAUCAUCAAAUUCAAAUUUCAGUAUAAAAAAAUAAGCAUAAACUCCCAAUAUAGAUCUUAAUUAAUAAGUUCAAAAUGCUUAUAAAAUGAUAGAAUAAGGUAUGAAAUACUAUUAGAAUCAAUAAUAUUCAAUGGCUAAAGUUGUUUUGGUGAAUAGUUCUCAAAUAUUAUUACCUGUAAUAAAAUAAAAAAGUAAUUUAUAAUAAAUAAUCAGAGUAAAAUUAAGAAGAACAUGCCACUGAACAUUAAGAAUUAAUAAAAGCAAUUAAUACAGCAGAAAUUUGUACCUAAAAAGUUGAUCAACUUUUCUAAAAUAUAGUAAUGAAAUAUUUAAUAUAAGGCUUCAUAAGAUCCUUAUAGCAAAUAAAUAAUAGAAACAGCUAUGAAUAGGAAAUUUGAAGUUUCAUUUGAUGAGAUUAUAGGAUUAGAAAGCAUAAAAAAAUAAUUAGAUGAAGUUCUUAUAUUGCCAAAUUUAAGACCUGAUAUUUUUACAGGUAUUCGUGCACCUCCAAAAGGUAAUAAAUUCAAAAAAUUUAGGUAUUUUAUUUUAUGGACCCCCUGGAAAUGGUAAAACUCUUUUAGCAAAAGCUGUAGCUAAUUAAAUAAAAUGCUGUUUUUUUAAUGUUAGUGCUUCAACAUUAGUGUAGAAACAUCUUGGUGAAGGAGAAAAAUUGAUGAAAACUCUAUUUAAAAUAGCAUUUCAAUUUUAACCAUCUGUAUAUUAUAUAUAUUUUAUUUAUUUAGGUGAUAUUUAUUGAUGAAAUCGAUUCUAUUUUAUCUAGUAGAUCAAGCGAAGAACAUGAGGCUAGUCGAAGAUUGAAAACAGAAUUCUUAGUUUCAUUUGAUGGAAUGUAAACUUCUGAUUAAGAUCGAAUAUUUUUAAUAGGAGCUACAAAUAGACCUUAAGACAUUGAUGGAGCUGUUCUAAGAAGAUUUGUAAAAAUAUAAAUAAAUUAGACUGUAAAAAUAUUAAUUGACUAACCAGAUCAAAAAGCAAGAUUGGCUUUAGUUAAAUCACUCAUGUCUAAUGUUAAUCAUUCUAUUUUAGGUCCAGCUUUUGAUAAAAUAUGUGAAAAAUUAGCAGGUAUAAUUAUUCAUUUAUAACAAUUAGGUUAUUCUGCAAGUGAUAUUAAAGCUGUAGUCAAAGAAGCUUGUAUGUAACCUUUAAGAUAAGAUAAAAUUGCUAUAGUUACUAUUUCUGCUUAAAAUAUAAGGCCUGUUAGAAAAGAAGAUUUUGAAUUUGCCAUCAAUAAAGUUAAACCAUCAUUAACCGAAAAGCAAUAUUAAGAAUACAUUAGUUUUAACAAAUCUGGAUCAUGAAUUAUUUUAUUAAUCGGAC